CCAGGAGGAGAACGCGAUGAAUGAGUUCUCCCCUCGCCUCGGAGUUGACUGAGUUGGCGGCGCCGCGCCCGGGCUUCCGGCUCUCGGCGCCCCACGCGCUCGCGGCUCCCGGGGCUGCAGCCCACGCCCGCGGCCGGGGCUGUGCCCGCCACGCCGGGGAGCCGAGGCUCUGGAGCUCCUGUCCCGGCUCCAGUCCGGGGGAAAAAGGAAGGUUGUCCCCUGGCCCAGGCGCACGGCCGCGCGCUCUCCCGCACUCUCCGCGGCCCCUUCUGCUCUCCAUGGCGUCUCAUCAACAAUCCCGGAUCCAGGCUUACCUGGAGAAGAACAAGAUCGGUCCCCUGUUUGAGGAAUUAAUGACCAAAUUAAUAACUGAGACACCUGACCAGCCAAUCCCAUUUCUCAUUGACCAUCUUCAGUCUAAACAAGGAAACCGCGGACAGCUUCAAAGAACUUUAUCUGGAUCUGCAGCUCUCUGGGCAGAAAGUGAAAUAGCAGAACAUAAAGGAACAAGAAGGGAUUUCAGAAGCUAUGAUAAGCCUUGGCAAUUAAAUGCAAAGAAGCCUAAAAAGUCAAAAAGUGACCUCGCUGUGUCUAAUAUUUCCCCACCGUCGGCAGAAUCCAAAUCAUUGCCAAGGUCAGUAGAUCAUCCUAAGUGGAACUGGCGAAUUAAACCAGAAAGUCGUGAUUUUGAUGAAUUGAACCACAUCCUUCAAGAGAGCAAGAAGCUGGGAAAAGCCCUUGAGAAUCUUUCUCGAAGUAUUGCAAUUUCAGAUGAACUCGAUAAGGAAACAGUGGCAUUUAAUUCUUCUCUUCUGAGACCCCGUGUGAUUGGAGAAUGGAUUGGUCGAGAAGAGAAUGAUGCUGACCCACUAGCAGCUGAAAUGCUACAGCCCCCAGUUCCAAGAAGUAAAAAUGAACAAUGGGAAAAUGAAGACACUAGCUCCAGCCCUGCAGGAAGCUUAAAGGUGGAGCCCAAGACUAAAGGAUUAAAACAGCAGCAACAGCAACAUAAGAAACUUCUGGCAGCAAUGCUCUCUCAAGAUUCUUUUGAGUCUCUCCAUAGCCCUACCCCAUCUGUAACAGAAGAAGAUAUUGAUAAUGAAGAUGAUGCAAUGGAAUUGCUGGAGGAUCUCGAUGAUUUAAGAAUGGAGGGAGUAACUACCCUUGUACCUUCUGGGAGCAAAUUUAACCAAGGUCGUGCUACUCACCCUGCCGAACCUCAGGCGAAGGUCACGUUGAACAUCUGUUCAAGGUGUGCCAGGCUUCAAGGAGAUAACCUGGCAGAAAGGACAGAAGAGACGUCACAAGUACUUCUUUCUCCAGAUGAAAUAGUCCCAGAUUCUUUGGAUUCUUUACCAGGGACUGAAGAAGCACUAAUGGAAGAGGGGGAAGAAUUUGAGAAAGCGUCUAAAUUGACAGGACCUGGAGAAGCCUCCAGUGGAGGACAGUCACUGAAAAACUACCUGGAAGAAGACGAAUCUUUAAAGCAAUUGCAAGUAGUUCAUCAGCCGUGGAUCUUGCCAAGUGACACAGAAAGUGAAGGAGUAGAAGCAGAACAAGAUAAACGUUCUGCUGAUCUUCUCCUUUGUGUCCCAUGCUCCUCUUGUCCUACACUGGUCUACUCUGGUCUGUGAAGCAGGCAGAAGUUCCAGGUGGUCCUUAAAGAAAUUGCAAUUAUUCAAAUCCUUAUGUAUAGUUCUAAUUUUAUUUACUAUGUGUAAUCACUUAGAGAAUGGUUAUUUUUAUAAUAUCAAUAAUAAACAAGUACUCUUGUAACCAGGGGGUGCCUAAAGGUGUAAUCAGAGAACACUAACCCUGGCAAAGGAUUCUGGGGUGGUCAGGAUGUCUGCUGCCUUUUGACAUGGUUAGUGUCCUGGGUUUAGAUUACUUUAUACCCAGUUAUUAAGAUUACUAUUUGAUACAUUAAAUAUUGCCUGAUUCAAAUAACUUUGCUUAAAAUUUUUCUGUAUUUUAACUUGUGUAGGGUUUUCUACUUCUUAUAUUUUUAUAAUAUUUUCUCAUUUUUUAGAUUAAUAAACAUUAUACUUAUCCACAUGUGCCAAGAUGUGCCAUUUAGGUCUCUCUGGGAGUUAGCUGUUUGGUAUCAUCACCUGCCAUGUGUGUUUUGUGCAGCAGCAAGAAGCAUAUCCUCUACCACUGCUCCUUCCUAUGAUUAUCUUCCCUGUUCCUAUCAAACAAAUAACUGAUAUGUUAAUUUAAUAAAGCAGAUCAAUAAGGAAUGAAAUGCAUGCCCCAGAUCAUAUGCAAUGAAAAUUGUUGGACCAUUUAUCCAAUUAUUGAACCCAAUUAAGGUUAUCCAUUUUGCAUUUGAUGUAUGCUCGCUUCUGGAAUAUAUUCUGCACUGAAGCUAAGUGAAUGGAUCUAAGUAAAUCUAUUGAGUAUCUCUAUUGUCUGUUUUAUCUUAUUUGUC